AUGAUUCCGGAUGCGCCGGCUGUUGAUGACUCGCCCAUGCUCCAGCAUAACGAGGCAAUUACGGGCCUUACAGAGACCACCCUGACACAAAACGGCGAUUUGGAUGCUGGGUUUCUCAAAGUCUAUGCGCAGGAGAACCAAUUCGAUGCAGAUACCCAGGCCAUUGUCGCUCAAAUGAAACACCAAUAUUGCUCGGCUCUAGAUCCGGACCUCGAACAAACAUUUACGGACACCUAUUUCGAAUAUUGCUACCCAUGGUGUCCAGUGCUUGAUCGCGCCACAAUAGCAUCUGAUAUUGCACGAUCUCCACUACUCGCAAACGCCUUAGCUUUGGCAAGCAGUCAUAUUCGCCCUCCUUUGUUGCCUCAUAGUGGACCUGAAAUUUACUACAAACGCGCCAGAACCAUGUUUUAUGACGAUCAAGAAGCGGAUGAAAUGAUGGCGCUUAAGGCUCUCUGUUUGUUCUACUGGUGGGCACCACGGUCACCUAGUAGAGUCCAUAGACAUUCGUAUGUAUUCUUCAAGCUCCAGAUCUUCGGAAUGAUCGCUAAUUACAUCAUGGCAUCGAACAGCUCCUGGUGGUGGACUUCUAUAAUCAUAAGGCACGCUCAGCAAAUGAACAUCCACCGUGAACCAGGCCAGGGCGAUCCAAGCAGGCAGCGACUGCAGAUGGGGCUGCGGAGGAGGAUUUGGUGGACAGCUUUUGCAAGGGAGCGGCUGACCUCACUUUGCCAGAGCAAGCCUGCUAUCAUCGAUCCAAGUGACUGCAGCAUUCAGGAGCCUACUUUAGCCGACUUCCCUCUAGAUCCGCAAAGCCAGCAUCAUGGAGAAAUCUUCAUCUACUGGGUACGCCUUUGCGCAAUCAUCGGACGCAUCGCCAAGUUUCUCCUCAAAUCGAACACUGAUGGCGGGAUGGUGCAAAGCGAGUUACGAGAAGAGCUUGUUGCAUGGAUACAUUCCUUGCCAUCUCGCCUCAAGUUGCCGAUCAAUACAACCAGUACGACGUCCUUCGAUCGCGAUGUUCAUCAGCUGCAUUUGUUCUAUCUCACGACCAUCAUCAUCCUACAUUUGAAGCGUUCUGAAGGGCAUCUACCCCAAGCACUACCACCAGCCAUACUUGCGGCGUCAUGUACGGCUCGAGUCCUUCGGGACAUUCUGGCGAGAGGAGAUUCGCGAUUCCUAAUGGCCAUUACAUGCUGGCAUGUUGGUACUGCAUUCAUUGCGCUUUUGCAGGCUUGCCGAAUCCCGCAUCUUAGCAGACCAGCAAACGAGGAUCUUGAUGUGCUUUCUAUCGCAGUCAAAGAGCUGCAAAAGAUGUGGGCGUCCGCUAACGUUAUCGCGCAAGGCUUUGAUAGACUACGAAAGCCGCAAAACUUUGCGGAAGCAAACGAAGAUCUAUCCCCAAAUGUAGCACUUUCGCAAACACGUAUCGGCUACGAAAACCCUGACUCCAUGAAUCUGGAAAACGGGUUCGACUGGAUGCGCUUCUUUCCGUUCAUCUCCAAAUCAACGGGGGGCAUUGCAGAUUGCCUCCUCUCGGGACGCGAGCUCGGCACAGCAACACGAGGUUUUCCGUCACCCAACAACGAACUGUUUCACGAAGCUUUACUGGCACAAUUUCACGACCUUUUUCAUCCAUUCGACGAUUACAACUCUGGCUUUUCAGACGUCAACUUCGAUGCGCCUUAA